AUGUCUCAAUGCGAGUUCAAGACUCAACAUCUACUCGUGCUUGCAGCCUCGCAACGAGCAACAUCAUUGCAACCAGUUUUGUUCGAUGGUAGUCAGUUGACCAUUGCUAACGCACCAAUUCCAGCUCGAGGCUUCACAACAACCAUUGAAUCACCAAGGAGCAAGGGCCUCUCUCUUCUCAAGCACGGCGAGCGCGCAUACGACCAUGUCGUGCUCCUUCCCGCGAAAUCGAAAGGCCUCGGCCCUGCGCUGGCCGCGAACACUCUCCUAGAGUUCAUGAAGAAGGAGGGCAACAUUCUCCUUGGUCUAUCUGACCAACAGGCCACACCCGCAGCUCUUCAUGCCCUACUGCUCGAGCUCGACAUUGUCCUUCCCUCAGACAAGCAUACCACGGUCGUGGAUCACUUCAACUACGACUCUGUUUCUGCGUCGGAGCAGCACGAUAUUCUGCUGGUGCCCUUCCCCGGCCAGCUACGUCCAGAUGUCAAGAACUACUUCGCCGGUGAUGGCCACAUUGCGGUGCCGGGCGCCGUGGGCCAGGUCCUUGGAAACGAAUCGCCCCUCAUCUCGCCCAUUCUCCGCGCACCAAGCACGGCGUACAGCUACAACCCCAAGGACGAGGCUGAGGGUGUAGAGGACCCCUUCGCCGUUGGAAGCCAGCUCAACCUCGUCUCAGCGCACCAGGCAAACAAUGGGGCGUGCUUGACUGUCGUUGGCUCGGCUGGAAUGCUGCAGAACAAGUGGUUCGCCGAGAAGGCCAAGUUGAACGGUAAAGCCAUUACGACUGCCAAUCGCCUCUUUGCAGAGAAGCUGUCGGCCUGGACGUUCAAGGAAACCGGUGUUGUCAGCGUGGGCAAGAUUCUUCACUACCAGGAUGAGGGUGUAAGCAAGAAGAUGAACAUCAGCCACGCUAUUCCCGAGAACAACCCUGGCAUCUACCGCGUAAAGUCGGAUGUUCACUACCAAGUUGAGAUCUCCGAAUACGACAAAGACCACCUUGUCCCUUUUGUGCCUCCCCCAACCGACGCCCUCCAGCUCGAGUUUUCCAUGCUCUCCCCCUUCCAUCGCCUCAAUCUCUCCCCCGUUGCUCAAACCGCAAACGCUACCAUCUUCGGCGUCGGCUUCAAGACGCCCGAUCAACACGGCAUCUUCAACUUCCACCUCAAGUACCGCCGCCCCUUUGUCACCAACAUCAACGAGAAGAGACAGGUCACUGUGCGCCACUUUGCACACAACGAGUGGCCAAGGAGUUGGGAGAUUAGUGGUGCGUGGGUGUGGAUUGCAGGUAUUUGGGUUACCGUCGCCGGGUGGCUGGCGUUUGUGGUGGUGUGGUUGUACAGUGCACCGGCUCGGGGUGGGGUCAAGAAGACGCAGUAA